AUGGACGACAUGGCAAGCCAUUACCAGGUGAUGGAGGAGCUGGGGAGUGGUAGUUUCGGAGUUGUUUACAAGGCCAUUGACAAGAGCGACGGCGAGAUCGUUGCUAUUAAACAUAUCGAUCUCGAGUCCAGCGAGGAUGAUAUCCAGGAGAUUCAGCAAGAGAUUUCUGUUCUGGCUACCUGCGCUAGCCCCUACGUUACACAAUACAAGGCCAGUUUCCUUAAGGGGCACAAGUUAUGGAUUGUUAUGGAAUACCUCGGAGGUGGUUCUUGUUUGGAUUUGUUAAAACCUGGAUGUUUUAACGAAGCCCAUGUAGCCAUAGUCUGCAGAGAACUUCUCCUGGGCUUGGAUUACUUGCACAACGAAGGCAAAAUCCACCGCGAUGUCAAGGCCGCCAAUGUUCUCCUUUCCCAAACUGGAAAGGUGAAGCUAGCAGACUUUGGUGUCGCUGCACAGCUGGUCAACAUCAAGUCACAGCGCAAUACAUUCGUCGGAACCCCAUUCUGGAUGGCACCGGAAGUCAUUCAGCAGGCUGGGUACGACUUCAAGGCAGACAUCUGGUCUUUAGGUAUCACAGCAAUCGAGAUGAUCAACGGAGAACCCCCACAUGCCAGCACACACCCGAUGAAAGUGCUCUUCCUGAUUCCAAAGAACCCCGCCCCUCGCCUCGAAGGCAACGAGUACAGCAACACAUUCAAGGACUUCAUUGCACAAUGUCUGACGAAAGACCCGGAUCUUCGGCCAAGCGCAAAGGAGCUUUUGAGACACAAGUUCAUCCGGAAUGCGGGCAAGGUCGAGGCACUCCAAGAACUGAUUCAUCGUAAACAGGACUGGGAUGGUGGCCGUGGUGAGUCGAGAGAUGUAAAAUACUAUGCGGAGUCUCUCAACACCAUGACCAAGCCCGGUGAUCUUGAUGAUGACGACUGGGUCUUUGACACUAUUAAGCCUCCUCCAAUGUGGAAACCCAAGGGCACGGACUGGAUGACAUUCGAUGAAGAGGACGAAAAUGUCCCCGAUCCAGCCAAAAUGAUGGAAGAACUGCACAUAAGCCCACCACCACCAGCACCGCCUAAGCACCAGGCCAAUUCCACCGUCCGCCGAGUUCCUACCGACCGAUCUCCGUCUGUCAAACGGGCUAACACUAAGCGUCGCUCAAGUGGUGUCAAACAACCCCUUGGCCUGGACUUAAGUUAUGGCAACAGCCCGUCUACAGUUCGACAGUUCCGCCGGGUGUCGGACAAAGUCCCUACCGAUCUCAACACAAAGCAGGGCUUUGAUGAGAACCAAAGCCCGAAGACGGUCCCCAUCGACUCUUCAAGCAAGGAGGCUCAGAUUGGACGACGUGCAUACAGCAAGGCAGUGGGACUUUCUUGCCAGGAAGUCCUAUCAACAACAGGAGAUGGCGAUAAACGAGAGGCAAUCUCCAGACUCGCUGAAGCCUGGAGCGACCUGGAAAUGGUCGAUCCCGAAGGCCUCUAUCACAUCGUCAGGAUCAUGAAUGAGAAGAUUCAAGCAGACUCCCGCCUCUCUAGUCUUCUCCCACCCACACAGCCCGACUCCCCUUCGCGGCCACGCCUAGUGCUGGCCCAAAAUAACCCACACCUCAAAAGCCACCGUCGUCGCCAAUCAUACGUCCCCGAAUCCCAACCCCAGUCACCCUCAUCCAUCCCCGCCCAAGCUGCAUCCGCUAUGGAACACACCAAACAACUGUCCGAUGUCCUCUACCAGCGAUGGUCAGAGGGUCUCCGCAACCGCUGGGGAGGCGCCUAG